CGUGCGCCCCGCCAAGGCACGCCAGUACGGUCCGCUCCUUACGCCCAGCUUGGGUAGCGGUCCGGCCCACCAAAGAUUCUGACCCCCACCCUCGCGAACCAAGGGCCCGCGGAUGCAGGGCGCGAUGGCCGCCCCAUCCGUGGACCCGGUCAUGCGGCAGAUCAGCGGCCGCGCCGCCCCAGCCCCAGUCCCAGUCCCAAGCGGCCCCGAGAGCGGGCAGCCCCUGGCCGCCGCCGUGGCCGACCUGCCGGUGCUGGACGUCUCCGGGAGGCGGGUGCUGUUCGGCGCGCUGUUCCGGGAGCGCCGGGCUGUAGUGGUCUUCGUGCGGCAUUUCCUGUGUUACAUCUGCAAGGAAUAUGUAGAAGAUCUGGCCAAAAUCCCCAAGAGUUUCUUACAAGAAGCAAAUGUCACUCUUAUAGUGAUUGGACAGUCAUCCUACCAUCAUAUUGAGCCUUUCUGUAAAUUGACUGGGUAUUCUCAUGAAAUCUAUGUUGAUCCUGAGAGAGAAAUUUAUAAAAGAUUGGGAAUGAAAAGAGGUGAAGAAAUUGCCUCCUCAGGACAGAGCCCCCAUAUAAAAUCAAAUAUACUCUCAGGAAGCAUUCGGAGCCUGUGGCGGGCAGUGACUGGCCCUCUUUUUGAUUUUCAAGGAGAUCCAGCUCAGCAAGGUGGAACACUCAUUUUAGGUCCAGGUAACAACAUCCAUUUUAUACACCGUGAUAGGAAUAGGUUGGAUCACAAACCCAUCAACUCUGUUUUACAGCUUGUAGGAGUUCAGCACGUGGACUUUACAAGCAGACCUUCAGUUAUCCAUGUGUGACAUUACAGACUCUGUCGCUUUCAAAUGGACCUUGGGAUAUGACCUGAAUUGUGGGAAUGCAGUAUACUUGUGCAGUGCCUAACUUGUUGGCUCUUCCCAGCCUUUGAGGAGUUAUGAAACCAUAAAGAGACCACCAGUUGAAUAGCAUGCUGAGAGGCAUCAGUUGUCAAAAAUGUGACAUAUAUUUAUAAUUUUAUAGCUUUUAAAGUUUUAUUUUCUAUAAAAAUUUUUGUAAAAAAGUUAAAUUUUAUUUUUGCAAAAUAAAACUUUAAAAGCUAUAAAAUUAUAAAUACCAUUCUUUAUUUUACAUUAUGAUAUAUCCAUUUAAUGAAGGUUUUUUUGGCCAUUAAAAUCAUAAAUUCUCAUGAAGAACAUAUAAGGAGAAAGGGAAGCAACCCAAGACCAUUUUAUCCAUUGAGAAAAGCAGGAUCUCAAAUUCUGUAAACAGUAUAAUCACAUUUUUGUGUGUAUAUGUUUAUAUUUUUGUAUGCUUAGAAAGACAGGAAGUAAACACACCAGAGUAUCACCAGUUAAGUAUCUCUAAGGUGGUAAGAUUACAAGUGUUUUAAUUUUCUUUUCCAUACUUUUUUAUAUUUCCCAACUAUUCUAUAAUGAACAUGAUUCAUUUUUUUGGCAAGGAAAAGGUCUUUAAAAUUAUAUGAAGAAUAUACCCCUACAUAGCAAGCUCCACAAAGGUACAAUUAUAUAGGCUGCAGUCCACAAGUUUCUAUCCUGAUUGCUUUACUCAGAGGAAAUACAACAGAUCGAACCUUCACAGAGCCUGUGCUCACAGCAUCUUGACCACACACCCACCGUCCAUUUCACUAGGAUUUUGUUUGGGGAAACGGGGGCGGGGUUGCUGGUAAAAGGAGAGAAAUAUGUUUUAGAUAUUUAAGAUACGUAUUUAAAACAUAAUCAGUAUGCUUUCUGAAAGGAAAUUUUAAGAAUUGUUUAAACUAAAAAAAAAAAAAAAACUUUGUAAUUUAAAUGUACACUGGUUAGGUUGUAUAUUCCUGGACAGUUUCUAUUUCUCACCUCCAAGUUUCUUUUAUUUAGCAGACUAUUGUGAUCUUUUAUUUUUCUGGAAUCAUAAUAUGUUUUGUUGGAAGUGUCCCAGGAAUUCUGUUGAAAAGUACAGCAAAAUUAAAGUAUUUGUAAUUAUUAGCAAGUAUAAUACUGCUCUGAACUUAAACUUUUAUAUCAAGUAUAUGGAGUCAUACACAAAAUAUAAAUUUAAAGUAUCCAAAAAUUUGAAUCUAUUUUCAUGUGUAUAUAAAUGGAAAAUCAUGUUUUUAAUCAAAAAAAAUGAGUUAUCUUAUAAAAGUUAAAAUUAAGGUAUUUUAUGCUAUUUUUUAUAGUAAGGAGACUGGUGGCCCAGAUCCUUCUACUGAUUUUAGACUUAAAACUGCUGAAUCGUAGCUUACACAAAAUUUAUAUAUUUACAUUUAUAAUGUACAUUAUAUAUAUACAUUAUGAAAAUGUACACCACAUUUUUUAAGAUACAUAAAUGUUCUCUAUGUGGUUUCAUGGAGGAACAGUUACAUAAAUACAGUGCAGUAGUAAAUUGCCUACCUGAACAAACAUUUAAUAUAAAAAUUACUUAUAAUAGGUGCUGUGAAAUAUAUAAACGUACUCCAUAUCCAAUAAUGUACUGGACACAAAAUUUUGAAAAACCUUUUGGUGAUAAAUAUGUAGAAGUGCUGGAUGAAAAAAUAAUAACAUCUAACAGUUUUGUGGUGCUAAUUAUUUGCCAGGUACUACUCCAAGUUCUUUACAUACAUUAGCUCUGUGGAAUUGAUAUUACUAUCAUCAUUAUCAUUGUCAACUCCAUUCUACAGAACAGAAACAACAUCUUUUUUUAAGUUGAACUUACAAGAAAGUGAGGAAACUCCACAAGGGCCAAACAGAAGCAGAAACCAGGCUGUUGACCAUGCGUUGAAGCCAUGGGCUGCCCUGAGGGCUGUCCCCCUCCCAGGAGUUAGAGAAGGCUGUUUCUUGGCCAACUCAAAGGCCUUACACUGUAGAGUUAAAAGUAAGACCACUGCUUAAAGCACUACCUGAGACCUGGGACUUCUGAGGGCUACGACAGUGUAAGAAUGGGCUGCAGUCAAAUCCAUCUAUAGACCAAGGAGCCCUGUGAGGAAAUAUGUUGUAAAGCUUCUGCAAUGAACCUUUGUGGCAAAAAGAAUUUCAAUAAAAUGAAAGAUCAUGUUUAAUUUAAAAA